ACUUAAACAUGCGAUAACCGAAUGGUCAGAAGACGAUUGUUGUUCUGUGCUUCGAACGCUUCAUAUAAUAGAAAAACAAGCAUGGCUUCGACAAAAAGGGCUGCUGGAAGUGGUUCCAUGAAAGACCAGGCAGCCUCUUCUUCUAAACAGGUCAAGCUGGAUAUGUUUGUCAAGGGAAAAUCAUCAACAAAGCUACCUGCAGGGACAAAGAAGGAAGAUUUUGAGUUUUUCUGGAAGGAGGCUUCACCUUUUAGCCAGUUUCAUCCUGCUGUGUUUAAGGUUGAUGGUGUUCAGUACAACUGUGCUGAACAGUACAUGAUGCACCAGAAGGCUUUGACAUUCAAAGACGAGGAAAAUGCCAAGGCUAUAAUGAAGGCAGCUAAACCUUUUGCACAGAAGAAAUUGGGACGCAAGGUUAGAAACUUUGUCCCAGAAGUUUGGAGUGCCAAGUGUGUGGAUGUUGUUAAAAAAGGAAAUAUAGCAAAGUUCUCCCAGAACAGCCAUCUCCAAAAGAAAUUGCUUGAUACACAUCCUAAGAUACUGGUGGAGGCAAGUCCACGUGAUCGUAUUUGGGGAAUUGGGCUUGCAUCAGGCAACAAACUGGCUUGGAACAAAAGUACAUGGAGAGGCAAAAAUCUCCUGGGUUAUGCACUAACAGACGUUCGCCAAAUUUUGAUGAAUGAUAAGCAUAGACAGAGUAGCAGUGAUACAGAUGAAAGUAGUGAGGGUAAAAGUGAAGAUGAUACAAAUAGUCCAGAAAUGAAAUCACAGACUUCAAAAUGAUUAUAUGUGCAAUAGUAUUUUGGUAUGGAAGAUUACAGACCUUAACCCUUUCGGCGUCAUAGGCGACUAAAGUCGACAUGCAGACAGGCCGCCAAACGCGACGUUGGUCGACAAUUUUUCCGAUGUUUUCAGAUAUUUUGCGGAAAGAGAUAGAUUGGCGCCGAAAGGGUUAAUUAGAAAUUUCAUCAAUAUUUCCUAGUCUGACUGGAGUCAGAAUUCACAAAAUGUUCCAAGAAAAUUUUACUUAUAUUUUACCUAUAUCCUGUAUGGUAUAUUCUUAUUGGAGGACAAGUGUGAAAACAGAAACAUUCAAACUAUUCUACACAAGAAUCUGUUUGACCUCGUAAAGCAUUUUGUAAAAAAAAAACAAAAUGUAGAAAGUUUGGAGGGAAAUGCUUAUCAUGCUCCAAUGAGUACUUGGAAGUUGUCGUGCAGCUGAUGGACAUAUUUCACUUGGAUUACUGAAAAUGAUCCUGUCAUAUUUCCUUCUGUAACAUGAUCCAGCUUUUUUGUUUAUAGUUGAUCCACAAUAAACAUUGAUCUUAUAUAAAAAUAUUGUAUUUUCAUGAAAAAUAACCAAUUACCAUGUUUGAUGUAUAUUACAAUAGAGACAGUCCAUGGAAGUUUAGUCAUCUUGGAAAAGUUCCAUGUAUAUUACCAUAGAGACAGUCCAUGGAAGUUUACAGUCAUCAUGGCAAAUUCCCAUGUACAUUACCAUAGAGACAGUCCAUGGAAGUUUCCAAUUAUCUUGGAAAAGCUUCAUGUCAGUUUGUUCAUUGUUACAAUACAAGAAAGGAACAGCAUUAUAACUAGCAGGAAUCUGUAACUACUGGUGUUUAUAGCUGCUAGACAUAAGAUUUCCGGUGAUCACAUGAAAACAAACAGUUGUUGAUGCUAUGGAUUUUGAUGUUAAUUAUAUGAUAAAUAUGUGUCGGUCUUAUUUUCUGUAACUUUUUGUUGCAUUUUAGCAUUGAUGUAAAUUUCCGUACACAAGCACUAACAGCUGAUUUUUAAACUUUCAUUUUGUAUAAGGUAUGUUUUAUUACAAUUGUAUUGCUCAUUUGUAGGGAUAUGAUGUCGAUAUAUGAAGACGCUUAAACAAAAUACUUUUUUAUGACAUUUUAUUAUGUCUGGUCUUUUAGCCCACAAUCGUCAGAUAAUGUAAGCUUUUCUAAUCACUCUUCAUGCUUAAUCUGUCAUCCAUCUUUCAGUUCUUAAUCCGUUCUUGUUUUAUCUUGACAAAUGCAGUGUGGAUCUUUUUCAAAUUUCGCCUGUAGAGUCUCCUCAGUCCUUAGUUGUUUUUGUUCAAUCUUUUCAAAUUUUAUGUUCAAAAUCAAAGAAAUGACAUAAUCUUCAUCAGCUGCUUAUCUCAAUCUUUUCCUGCAACGAAACCAACACAUCCCUGCAUCCCCAACCGAUGGUGUUUACAUGCCGCAAUUGAUUUGAUAUUCAAGGGCCUGUUCCCAUUAUCAUGAUUUUUGUGCAAGAAGUCGUCAACUGACGCACAAACUCAUAACACAAGAUUUCAAAAGAUGCAGGUUGAAAAAUUAUGGAGAAGUUUUAUGGUCGCCAUAGUGAUCUCCUUAAGAAAUAUUCUAUGUCCUUGCGUGAUAUGGAGCUGGAUGUGUUGUAUGCUCGUUAGUUUGCCUGUUGGUUCCAUUGUUGUAUACCUUGUUCUCAUUUGAGAAAGUGGCAUUACUUAUUUAAAUUGACCCAAGGUUAAAUGGCAGGUAUCGUUGAUGAAGCAGACAGAAACAAAAUCACCACAAAGGCAAUGUUAGAUUUCAGAAGUUGAACUUUGUUAUUGCUACAAGAAAAUAUUUUAUAUUUUUACCUUAGGUUGUCAGAAGCACUGGAUUGAUCGUUCUCAAAUUUUGCAUCUUUGAACUGCUUGGAAAAACAAAAUGGCCAGCAGGUUGCCAUAUUUGAUUUUGAUUUCAUUUAAGGUGGUUCUUGACCAGAUGACAUCAUUGCUUUAGAAGCGUUUGAUUACAAAAAGAAAUCCGGUGUCGGGGGAAAUUUGCAUGAAAAUUGUAGGACAUUUUGUGGUGCACCUUUUAAAACUGUGGAUAUUAAUCCAAAUGUACGAGGUGCGCCCCGUAUCACUUUUGUUACUACGAAGAAAAAGAAAAUUCACCACAUCAAUAUGUAGAACAAAUAAUGAAAUAUAUUAUGCACGAAUACUGCCUCCAAUAAAUGAUAAACGACGUUUUUCAAAUACAAUAUCUGUGUCACAGUUUUCAUGAGAGAAUGAAUUAUAAAUUGUGUCUUUGUUAAAAAUAUGGUGGAUUAUGGACAGGUCAUUUUAGACUUCACGGACGGUUUGGAACAGCUGAUGCUCACAAUUAGGUACAAGUCAUCCCAAAACAUCACAGAUGAAUCACCUCUUGAUAUUGCCAAUCGGACAAUUCACUUCAGAUAUAACAGUCGGCAACUUCCUGAAUUUAAUAGUAAUUUAAGCCAAGAAUUAUGGACAAGUCAUCCUAGAUGUCAUGGAUGAAUCGCCUCGGAUAUUGAUAACCGGACGAAUCACCUCAGAUAUUCCUGACCGUCAUUUUCUUGAAUACAACAGUGGUUGAAGCCCACAAUUAUGGACAAGUCUUCCAAGAAUUUACAAAUUAAACUCGGGUAUUGCAGUCAUCAAAAAUAUAAAUGAAGAAAACUGUUUUUUGUAAAUGAUCCAUUUUUAAUCAUGGUACAAAGAAAAUUACAAAACGGGUUCAGAGUGUGAACAUGAAGAUCAAAUUACACUCAUGAACACGCAUAAACAAAGGUAUUCUUACAUAAUUGUAAAUUCAAAUUUUUAACAUAAACAAGAGACCCAUGGGCCAUAAGGUCAUCUGACUAGAAAACCUUACCCACGGUCAGAUGAUCUAAAAAUGACAAAAAUUGAAAAUAUACUUUUCCAGAUCUGGACACCAUAAAAGAAUUUCAAAAAAGGUAGAACUAUUUGGUAGUAACCUAACUCAUAUAUCAAAUCUUUUAAUUCUUCAACCAAAAUUUCAACACUGCAUGAUAGUGUCUUGAGAAAAGAAAAGGCCCAAUGGUCUUAACAGUCAGCUGAAUUCCAUAAACAUUGUUUGUGUUGUGUUAUAUAUAUCACAUAAACAUCUUGUUAACAUAGUUCACUGUCAUCCUAUAUUAUGGAGUCUAAUAGAUUUUGAAUUAGAAAAAAAAUCUAUAUAAGCUGACUUAAUACCCCUCCACAAGGGAAAGAUCAUGAAAUUCAUAAUUUGGGUUAAAGCAUCUCAAAAACCCUUCCAUCUAUGAAAAGUAUUUGAUUCUUAUAUAUCUGAGUGUUGUGGAGAUUUUCGAAAAUUUGAUUCAAUUCGACACUGCCAAAGUCCCCUACUUUGGAGACAUUGUACUUCAUUCCAUUGGCCAUGAAAAUAUCUACCAAAUUUCAUUAAAAUUGGCUCAGGGGUUUUCAAAAGAAGUAAAAAAUGUAUCUUGUUUUACAAUAGAUGGGCAAAAUGCAAGAAAUUCUUAACAACUCUUUACUAUCUAGUAUGAAAUGCUGUUUAAUUAUAGCAACUACCCAGCCAAUGUUUUAUAAACAGGAGGCCCAUUGGCCUUAAGUCAUCUGAAUAUAUAGACCUAUAUAUGAAAGAGGACAAAUAAGCCUAUGAUAAACUGCUCAACUACUCUACAGCAUACAAAGAUGAUACUGUUUGGUCAUAAAAACAUUUUCUGCAAAAUUAAACUCAUAUUCUUUUUACAUGCUACUACACAAAUGCCAUUAUUCAGAACCUAUUGCUAAUUGAAAAAAAAAAAAAAAAAAUCACAACUCACUUUGCCCAAGAGAUCUUUAACAUAGGUCAAGGUCCAUUAUUUGAAAACGAUUGUCCUUCAUCCACUAACAUCGAAAAACCAAUUUCAACAGCCUUGGCGUUUUUGUUAUUGACAAGAAGUCUAAUAUCAAAGAUUUUAACAAAUUUGACCCCUGUGACCUUUAAAAAGUGAAAAUAUAAAUAACGAUCAUAAAUGGCAAUUCAUUCCAGCAUACUACGGGCCGGUUAUCAGAACUUUUUCGAUAUUGAGAAGAAAUCAUUUUAAGAUUAUUAAACAUUUAUCCUUGUGACCUUGAAAAUGGGUCAAGGUAAUUCAUUUUAUCAAACAUUCUUGACAGGAAUUUUACAUGCUGAGCAUAUUGAAAUACUGCAAACUUAGAAAUCCAUCUAUCCUUGGUCAAUUCAAUGUGAAUAUCGUACUUGUUAUCUACAAAUAGUAUUGGCACAUUUUUCUUCCUUUUUAUUAAA